CGACCGCGACGUAGCGUUGGCGUCGUGCAACACCUUUCAUUGUAUUGACUAUUGACUGAUUCUCAACAUAGAGAAUAAUGUAUAAACUUAAUUUAAUGUAUUAUUAUCUUAGUUCUUGUUAAAUUAUAAUGUAAUAUGUCUUAGUUUAAGUGUAAUUAUGUCUCCAUUUACGUGAAUGUGAAAGAAGACAGCCCGUCGAGUGCUACGCGGCCAUUUUACUUGCAAUGCGGCAACGGUGUACAAUCCGCCAUUGGAAACAGCCAGUGUCUUUCUCCGAGUGCAAGAUUUGUAUUUUGUUGAAUACAGCCUAAUAUCGACGGAUAACCAUGAGUGAUUCCAGUGAAGUGCGGAUUUUAGUGUAGUGAAACACGGUGGUCGGGUGAUUCGAAUAAUGUGCGAACGAUGGAAAACGAAGUGAAGCAGCGCAAUCAGAGAAAUAGGCGAAGGGAACGGGCACAGCGCAUGCAAGCACAGCGAGAGAGUAAAGUUAAGGAUGGGGACAGCGGCGAGGACGAGUCCCCGGCGAGAGAGAAGCCGCCUCGUCCUCCUACCAGGAGGAAAAAGUCGCGGGAGCCACUCGGAGAGGAGGACAUCAUCGAUGGAUUCGCCAUAAUGGCAUUUCGCACCUACGAAGAUCUCGAGGCUGCCGUAAAAUGUGCUUCCUCACCCCGUACCAACUCUCUGUCAACCAAACCGCGCUUACCCCUGGCUGCGCUCCCCGGCGACGCUGCUCGGAAUCACCCGCCCAACAACGUAAAUUCGCACGGUAUUACGCUGCUUCAAGACGCUGGCACAUCGGAUGACAGUGGUCGGGCCUCCGAGCGCCUCACGGGCAGUUCGGUGGCUCCCCGCGACCCCGAUUCAUCCCGCGACAGGCUUAGCGACGCCAGUAGCCGCUGUAGUUCCGGAAAAGGCUAUAUCUGUGAUAGUGAAGGCGACGAUGACAAGGCGAGCCCAGAUAAUAGUAGAAACGUCUCACCACGAUACCAUGAUGCGUCAAUGGAAGAUGUAUCGGACGCUGGGGCUCUGUUCCGGGUGACGGGCGCGGGCGGUGUCGCGGGCGCGGCAGGGGCGGGCGGCGGCGCCAAGAACGAGCUGGUCGCGCGCGGCAGCAGCGGCGGCGCCCUCGCGCUGUCGCGGGCGCCCGUCGGCGGCAGCGCCAGCCCCGCGCCCGCGCCGCUGCCGCAACCCGCGCCCUCGCCCGCGCCCGCCGCCCUGCCGCCGCCCGCGCUCCCGCCGCCGCCCUUCCGCGCCGACACGCCGCACCGGCCCAACGGCGCGCACAUCCCCGCCCUCGACGGCCACGCCGCCACGCAGAUCCCCGCGCGGCCCGUGGGCGCCGCCGGGCCCGACACCCCCGAGCGACCCGCGAGCAACAACAAGCUCCAGCCGGGCGCCCGCGCCGCCGCGGACAGCCCCACGCCGGCGCCCCCCGCUCCGCCGGCGCCCUCGCCGCUCUUCCCCUCGCACACCGCCUAUCAGGCGCACGCGGCGCCUGCGCUGCCUGACUUCCGGCACACCAACCACGAGACGCGGACCGAGCCCGGCGAGCCGCCCGCCGCGCCGCUGGACUUGCACGCGCACCACGCGCCGCACGCGCCGCGCCCGCCGCAUCUGGCCCCGGCCGCCGCGCCGCCGCCGCACCCUAGUCUCCCGAGCCGCGUGUCGCACUCGCAGCCUCACCCUGUGAUGCCGGGGCACGACGUCCGGAACGCCCCGGCCGCCGCCCCGACACAUCCCUCCGUUCCUAUCUCGUUCCCGAGCCGAGUGAACGGCGUGGCGCCGCCGCCGCCGCACUCGGUCGCGUCGUCCACGCCGAGCUGUCUUCCGAGUAGUCAACCCCUGGCGGCGCGGCCGCUCUCUCCGGCCGCGCCCGCCUCUCGUCCUUACCCCGCCCCGUCAAUCGGGUCUAGUCAUAUAAACUCGAGUUUAAGUUCCAGUAUUCACGGCCAUUCGAUACCGUUUCAGAGUCAAUCAAGUUUACAAAAACAUUCCGUACAAUCGGUAUAUACGAGCCGGCCCCCCCAUCUCGCUCCUUUCACCGUGCCUAAUCACGUGUCGUCGAAUCAUGUCCAAUCCUCAGUAGCCAACCAACCGACUGCCACACCUUUAAGUCAUCCCAUAAACAGCCAUUCCAUUGUCAAUCAUGUGAAUCAUCUCCCCUCGAGUAAUUCUAACUCUUUAGCGACGUCUACUCCGAAUCACAUUGGGCCUCCAUUAUCUCUUCCUUCAACGACUGCCAGUUCUAUGUCAAGUUUUACACCAAAUUUGAAGCAUCCGAGUCUCAGUCUACCUCCUCACCCGGCUCCAAUGAUCCCUCCGGUGACGCUUCACCAGCCCCAGCACAAUCACGUGGACGCCUUGCCCGUGUCGAGCGGGGCGCCGACAGUCGUCACGACAAGCAGUCAUUCCCUACCGCCAGUGAUAGACUCGCGGCAACCUACGAGCGAAGCGGCCAGAAGCGAGGCGGUCGUGAGCUCGGCGCUCUCAUCCAACGGGUUCCCGCCGCCGGCCGUGUACUCCGGGGCGACGUUCCCGCCGCUGUACGCGCCGUACGCCACGACGCUACAACACAGCCCGUAUCUACCACCCGCUGCUGCGUCUCCUAGAAACUCAGCGGACACGCGCACAAGUCUAUCAGCGUCACCACUGGUUGCGCCAAAGACGCCAAAAGGCGUUCGACCGCACACGCCUGGCUCGACGGGCGCCGCCGGUUCGAUACCUCCGCACGCACCACACUCCUACUCGCCCAGGGGACACAGUCCCAACCGGGAACGGGAAAGCUUUAGCAGCAACAUCAGCAGUUUGUCGCGCAGCACGCCCGCGUCGGCGAGCAGCGCGCCGCUGGCGCCGACGAUCGGCGCGCCCCUCCCCGCGCCUCUAGCUACACCGCUCGCGCCGCUGGCCCCGCUGGGCGGGCUGCUGGGCGCGCCGCUGGCCGCGCCGACGCCGACGCCCGCGGCGCCGGGCGCGCUCCUGCCGCACUCGCUGGCGCCCGUGCCCACCGUGCCCAGCAUCAGCUCCGGCGCCAAGCCGCCCGCGCACUGGGGGGUCACCAGGCCGGAGCGCGGGUUUGCGCCGGCGCCGCCGCUGUUCGGCGCGCCGCUCGCGCCGCCCAACCCCAACCCCUUCUCCGCCGAGUCGCUCUUCCAGACCAGCCCUUCGGCAGACCUCCUACGGCGCGAGUUAGAUAACCGGUUCCUCGCGGCGGCGGGCGCGGUGGGCGCGGCGGGCGCGCGCACGGAGAUGCACCACCACCAGCACCAGCACACGCACGUGCACCAGCAUCCGCACCACCACCCGCACCAGCUGCUGCAUCCGCACUCGCUGCACACGCACGUGCACCAGCAUCCGCACCACCACCCGCACCAGCUGCUGCAUCCGCACUCGCUGUUCAAGGACGUGAGCAAGAUGAACACGCUGUACCGCGGCGGGCUGGGGCUGGGCUACCCGUACUCGUCGUCGCUGCUGCACCCCGCGCAGCCCUACCCGCCGCCGCAGCCCGCCCCCGCGCCGCUCGCAUACGCGCCCAAGCCCGUAGUGUCGGCCGCGAGCGACUCCGCCACUAAACCACCACCUCGCCCCGCCGUCGCGAAAACCGGCAAAUGGAACGCCAUGCACGUGCGGAUCGCGUGGGAGAUCUACAACCACCAGCAGAAGGAGAAGACGGGCGGCGCCGCGCCGACCGCCCCGGGCGUCCCCGCCGCCGCCGACAAGGACAAGCUGCGCGCCUUCCCCGCGCCCGCGCCGCCGCCGCCCGCCUACCGCUCGCCCUACGACCUGCCCGCGCCCUACCUGCCGCACCACCCGCACCUAGGGAUAUCGCCGUUCGGACGCUACGGCGCCGGCGCGUUUCCCGGCGGCCCCGCCGCCUUCGGGCUCUACGGGCGCGAGCUCGCGCUCUCCUCGCUGCACGGCGUGCACCACGGCCCGCUCGGCGCGCCGCUGCACGACGCGUGGCGCGCGCGCCCGCCCGCGCCCGCCGACGCCCGCCGCGAGCACGACGAGCGCGCGCGCCGCGAGCGCGACGACCGCGAGCGCCGCGACCGCGACGAGCGCGAGCGGCGCAAGCACCGCGAGCGCGAGCUGGAGCGCGCGCGCGCCCGCUCGCCGCUCCGCCCCGGCCCGCCGGAGCCCGAGCGGCAGGUGAAGGACGAGCGCAAGGAGCCGCCGCGCCCGCCGCCGCCCGCGCUGCCCGCCUACCCGCCGCCGCCGCCCUGGGGCGACCCCUACCGCGCCUUCGACCCGCUGCAGCACAUGCGCUUCGCGCCCAUCGUCGAGGCGGCCAUCCGCGCCGAGGAGGACCGGCACAAGAUGCUGAGCGCGUACGCGCACCACCAGCAGCUGAAGGCGGCGCCGCUGCUGCACCGCGGCCUGGGCCACGGGCUGCCGCUGCACCCGCAUGCGCACGCGCACCAGUCGCUGGCGCCGCUGCCGCCGCUGGCGCCGCCGCUCGCGCCCCUCGCCCCGCUCGACAUGCUCAAGAAGGAGGAGCCGCGAUGAUAGCGCCGGCUCUCGUCGCCUGUACAUACGGUAGAGUAAACGACGUCGCGAGUGAGAAUACGACAGUUUAAUGUGUAUCGUUUCGUAUUAUCGGUUUAGAAAAAUAUUUAUUGUAACGUCGCUUGCCGAGACGACGGUCGCUCCACUCGCGAGCCGCCCCCGACGCGUUGUUAGUGUAAUGUUGACCGGUAUCGUAGUCGAACGACGUCGCGAGGAGCGGAGAGUGGGGGGCCGGAGCGAGAGGGCGAGACUCGGGGGAGGGUGGUGCGAGCGAGACGGCUCGCUCGACAAGUGCAAUAUAGGACGAGGACUCUGGGCGCUCGUCGCCGCCGGCCUGUACACUACUGCUUGUUUAUUUACAUGGAAAUAUCUAUAGAGUUGUUAUUGUGACCAUUAUUAGUUAAUUAUACAUCAAAUUGCUGAUUAUGUGAGGGAUAGGAUUAUUGAAAUCGCUAUCAAUAUAAUUAUACAUAUUUAUAUAUACAUAUAAAUAAAAUGUAAAUAUUAGUGUGUAAAUUAGUGUUAAAAUAUAGAAUUGGUUUAUUUAACUUCAAACAAAUGAAAAAUCCCAUAAAUUAUUAUUGUA